AUAUCGGCUCCCUGACCUUCCGAAGCCCUUUUGAAGGUGUGCCUGAUACAGAAGUUGCUCACGAGACUGUUCUCUUCUCUCUAUAACACCGGGCUUGCUGUAUUUGCAAGAGAAAAGAUAUCCCCCUCCGUUUUGGUCCUGCAACUCGAACUUCGUUGGAGACCAUGGCGGAGGAACAAGAAGAGGUCGGCCCCUUGUUGGGCAAAGCCAACGGUCACGCACAGAAAAAGAUGAACGGCGCGGUAGAACAGGUCGAGUCAGAUAUCUACGAGGAGGAGAAUAUCUUUUUGUUUAUUCCUAAUAUCAUCGGGUACGCCCGGAUUAUUUUGGCGGUCGCGUCGCUCUAUUACAUGCCCCUCCACCCCCGGACGUGCUCGGGAUUGUACAGUUUCUCGUGUAUCCUCGACGCUGCGGACGGUAUGGCCGCCCGACGGUAUAACCAGGGGACCACGUUCGGAGCGGUGCUGGACAUGGUGACGGACAGGUGCACCACGUCGUGUUUGCUGGUGUUCCUUGCGUCUGCGUUUCCGAGAUGGUCUAUCAUCUUCCAAGGGUUGAUCAGUCUCGACCUGGCAAGUCACUACAUUCAUAUGUAUGCGACCUUGACGAUGAGCGGGCAGAGUCACAAGAAGGUGGAUUCGAGCAGGAGUUGGAUUCUGCAUUUGUACUACACAAACAGGGUUGUACUGUUUCUAUUUUGCGCUUUGAACGAGACGUUCUUCAUUGCGCUUUAUUUGCUGUCGUUCUCGUCGCCGUUGCUCUCGCCUUCACUGCUUGUCACGACCGAGAACGGCUUGACUUCGGCGCAGCCUGGCUCGCCGGCGCAUCCCAAACCUUCCACACUGUUUGCCAAUCCUUGGAGUGCAGCGGCGUUGGAGAUGGCGCGUGCCAAUAAGAUGGACAGUACGAUACCGUGGAUCAUUGCGGGUAUCAGCUUCCCCGUCAUGUUCGGCAAGCAGGUGAUCAACAUCAUUCAAUUGGUCAAGGCGAGUAAAUGGUUGAGCGAGGGUGAUGUGGCUGCGCGGAGGAAGGCAGGGCUCACGCCGAAGAAGAAGAGAGUCUGAACGGUGAUGCAAAGAAGAUGGUGCCUCU